AUGCAGGAUUGUCUAACGAAAUACGCCUUGGCCGUGCCAUUGAGAACGGAACGAGCGGAAGACAAUUCGCCACAAAUUCGGGACAAAUGGAUAGAUAUAGCGAUGUUUGCGUAUAAUACGAGCGUACACGAAAGCACGGGAUUCACCCCUCACGAGCUAGUUUUCGGAGUAAAACCACGCGUACCCUCAGCAAGAUCGAUCGAGGGAAUCGGAGGCAAGCCCUAUCGCGUAUUAUUCCAAGAACUAACCGAAGGACUAAAAAGAGUACGCGAACAAACUCGGAUAAACCUCACAAAAUCGAAACAAAGAUCAAAAAAAUAUUAUGACCGAAAAGUGUGGGAAAUACCGCUCCAAGUAGGAGAAUCUGUUUGGCUCCUAAAAGAGCCCAGAACGGGAAAAAGGGACGAUGAUUGGAAAGGACCAUACCAAGAGGCAUCACCUAAUUUGGCAGCAAUUGACUCCGGAAACCGAACUCGAGGCGAGCCGGAUGGGGAAAGAAAAAUACAAUGA